AAAACUGACUUAUACCAGAGGUGUUGCUCAUUUUCCCUGCUUUCUCAGUUUUGGAAGAACUCUAGCACUUUCGACAAGGGAAGCUUAACUCUUCGCCGGAAGAAUGAAUCCUCCAGCCCUGUGGAACCCCUCCGACGUUCAGUAUUGUUUUGACUUGAACAAUUCCUGCCCAAGGAAUGUCAGACCUGUGUUCGGUUCCUGUGCCAUGUACAUGGUCAUGGGAGGAGCCAUCACAUUCACCAUGCUUGGAAACUUCCUCAUCAUCAUUUCCAUCUCUCACUUCAAGCAGCUCCACACCCCGACCAACUUUCUGAUCCUCUCCAUGGCAACCACCGACUUUCUGUUGAGCUGCUUGGUGAUGCCCUUCAGUAUGAUAAGAUCAGUGGAGGCCUGCUGGUAUUUCGGAGACAUCUUCUGCAAAGUCCACAGUUGCUGUGACAUCAUGCUCUGCACCGCCUCCAUCUUCCACCUAUGCUUCAUCUCCGUGGACCGCUACUAUGCCGUGUGUGAUCCGCUGCAUUAUGUCACUAAGAUAACCAUCCCGGUGAUUGAGGGCUUUUUGUGCGUCAGCUGGUCUGUGCCGGUCUUCUUUGCCUUCGGGCUCGUUUACUCCGAGUUGAAUCUCGAUGGCAUGGACGAGUUCAUUGCCGCCAUAGACUGCGGGGGGCUUUGCGUGCUAAUAUUUAACCCACUCUGGGGAGUGCUGGCUUCUCUCGUUGCCUUCUUUCUCCCAGGAGCGGUGAUGGCGGGGAUUUAUAUCCACAUAUUUGCAGUAGCCAGGAGACAUGCCAAGCAGAUCAACACCUUUCCUGGAUUGCAACAGGGGAGCUUGGAAAGCAGAACCAUAAAAGAAAGCAAAGCCACCAAGACUUUAAGCUUAGUCAUGGGGGUCUUUGUGUUGUGUUGGCUGCCAUUCUUCCUCCUGACUGUUAUAGAUCCAUUCCUGAAUUUCACCACCUCUGAAGAUGUCUACAAUGCUUUCCUUUGGCUGGGCUAUUUCAAUUCCACUUUCAACCCCAUUAUUUAUGGGAUGUUCUAUCCUUGGUUCCGCAAAUCAUUUAAGCUCAUUGUGACGGGAAGGAUCUUUCACGCAGAUUCUUCCUGCCUGAAUCUGUUUCCGACACAUGCUUAG